AUGGAUUCAAUUAAAAUUAAAGAUAAAAAUAUAAAAUAUUAUAGAGUUGAUUUUAAAACUUCUUUGAAAAGUGAUAAAUAUCAAAUUUAUGGAACCAUUUUUAAUAAAGAUUCUGAAAAAUGUUCUAAUAUCAUCAUCAAAUUUAAACAUUUUGAUCAAUAUGGAUUUUCAAUAAUCAUUGAAAGGUUUGAUGAAAACCAAAAUGAUGUUCCUCAUAUUAUAUGGGCAAUGGUUGGUUAUCCUAUGGAAAUAGGAUUUUAUAGCAAAAACACCAGAAAUUUAGAAAUGAUGAAUAGUGAAAAGAGUUCUGGAACUGAUUUAGGCGAUAUCUUUAACAUGUCUUCAUUAAAUAACAUCUUUAGUAGAGUUUUUGGAGAUUUGCUUGAUGAAGCACAGAUCCAUCGGCAAAAUAUCAAUGAACCAAGUGGUGUUAAUUAUAACAAUAUAUUAGGACGUGGGAAAAAAAUAAAUACAAAAAACUUUGUGAUUUGA